UUUUGGAAACGCCCUCAGCUGCACCUUGUGCUGCUAUAUUAGUAUUUAUUUAGCUGAAAAAUUCUUUUCACUGCCGCAGCUACUAUAACAAGCCUCUCUUGCCUGUAUGCAAGCCCUGCAUCUCUGGAGUCUGCUUUUCACCUGUGCAGUUGCAGUAGGAAAAGAUCAAGAACCGAAGAAGCAAGGGUGUCUUAAGGUCAGCGCACAGAUGCCAGAAUUUCAGAAGAAAACUGUUCAUAUCAAAGACCCAGAAAGGGUGGAAGAAAUUAUCUGUGGCCUUAUCAAAGGAGGAGCUGCCAAACUUCAAAUAAUUACAGACUUCGAUAUGACGUUAAGUAGGUUUUCCCAUAAUGGCAAAAGAUGCCCAACAUGUCAUAAUAUCAUUGACAACUGUAAACUUAUAACAGAGGAAUGUCGCAAAAAGUUAUUCCAGCUGAAAGAAAUAUAUUAUGCUAUUGAAAUUGACCCUAGUCUUACAGUUGAAGAGAAGUAUCCUUACAUGGUUGAGUGGUACAGCAAAUCCCAUGCUUUGCUUAUUGAACAAGGGUUACAGAAGGACAAACUUGCUGAAAUUGUGAGGGAGUCUGAGGUUAUGCUGAAAGAGGGGUAUGAAUUUUUUUUUGACAAACUUCAUGAGCAUAAUGUUCCAGUAUUUAUAUUUUCUGCUGGGAUUGGAGACAUAUUAGAAGAGAUUAUUCAUCAAGCAGGUGUCUACCAUUCCAAUGUCAAAGUAGUUUCCAACUUCAUGGAUUUUGAUGAUAAUCAGGGCAUAUUAAAAGGAUUUAAAGGAGAAUUAAUUCAUGUUUACAACAAACAUGAUGGGGCCUUGAAAAAUACAGAAUACUUCAAACAAUUAAAAGACAACAGCAAUAUCAUAUUACUUGGAGACUCUCAAGGAGACUUAACAAUGGCAGAUGGUGUGGCAAAUGUUGAACAUAUUCUUAAAAUUGGGUAUCUCAAUGAUAAAGUUGAAGAACUGCUGGAAAAAUAUAUGGAGUCCUAUGAUAUUGUUUUGGUGAAAGAUGACUCUCUGGAUGUGGCCAACUCAAUCCUGCAAAAGAUUUUGUAAUAUGUAUCAUCAGGGACAGCUUUGUUUUCCUUCUAAUAAAAACUAUUGGACUAAUUAGCAUGAUCAGUUAUCAAAACAAUGCAGAUGCUGCUUUCCACACUAUUACCAGUUCAUUUGGAAAGUAUUGUAUCCCUCAUUAUGAUGCUCCAUGCUGUUAAAAUGUAUUUCACUGUUUAUUGUGCUCCUUAUUUAUUAGUUUCAAUGGAAAGAUUGUAAGGAUUAUUGGGGAAUAAAAACUCCUUCAAUUUUUAUUCUUGCACAAUAAAAUGGAUAUUUUCAGAA